GCUGGACGCAUUAAACUAAUAUACAGAGAGAUAAAAACACUGAUGGACUGAUUAAUGCAGAUAUGAAGUGGUGCCUCCCACGGUCUGUGCCGCUUUUUAAAUACCUUCUGGGUAUGGUUUCAACUAAUUUUACUGUAUAUAUUAAAUAAUAUAUCUCUGCAUAAAAACACAUGUCCUUGUUAUAAAGCACAGAAGGAAAAACAGUCAGCAUUUAAUAGUGAGCGGGCUGAUUUAUUCUUUAUUGUUCAGUAUUGGGAUCACGUGUACAUGUCACCCAAUCGAAUGGCCAGGAACCUUCAACUUAUUAGCCCACUGUAGUUCUUUGUGAAGCCAAGUUGCUACUUGAUUUCUACAGAUUGCUAUUUUCUCAAGAUAGUGUGGUGUACGUGUGGGUGUGUUUGUGUGCGUUCAUGUGUGUGUUUACGACUGUGCAUUUGCCAUGUCUACUUCAGGGACGCUAAAUAGUUACUACGUGGACUCUCUAAUUCUGUCUGAAAGCGAAGAUCUUCUAGCGCCAAGAUACCCGGGUCCUGCGCUGCAGCACGCGAGGCAGAACCCGGUAACCGAACAUGCCGAGUUCGGGCCUUGCACUUUCCAGUCGAAACCAUCCGUUUUCGGGUCAUCCUGGAGCCCGGUACCUGCCCAGUUUCCAAACGGUGUGUCUUCCGUGUGUCAUCCGCACGCACACUCCCAGGGCUUGGGGGAUUCGGAUGGACGGUAUGUGCAAUCCUGGGUGCUCGAGCCCAUCUCUGGAUCGCUGCCUUUCGGUGGAUUACCAUCGAGCCAGCACAGUGCCGUCAAACCCGAGACUCCGGGGUGCAGGGGUGACAGCACAGCGCUGGGUUCGCACACGUUGCUCCUGUCCGACUUUGCAAACGCAUCAUCUCCUGCGCACGAGGAUCGCUUCUUUAGCCAGACCACCAUCGCAGACCCCAAUGAGGAGAGUGGGUCCCUCAAUAAACCAGACCUGCAUCCCAAUCAUCCCGUGUCCAACUGGCUUCACGCGAGCUCGACGAGAAAAAAACGGUGUCCAUAUUCUAAGCACCAGAUUCUGGAGCUGGAAAAGGAGUUUCUCUUUAACAUGUACCUCACCAGAGACCGUAGAUACGAAGUUGCAAGACUCCUCAAUCUGACCGAAAGACAAGUUAAAAUCUGGUUCCAGAACCGGAGGAUGAAGAUGAAGAAAUUCAAUAAAGAUGGGCCGAAAGACGACUAAUAUGAGCUGUGCAAAAUGAGAUAUUUCCGUGUUGGAUUGUUUUAGACAUUAACCAAAUAUGCAUUCUGCAUAUACUUUAUUGUUCCUUAAUAUCAGACGGAGUCAAAGAUGCCAGCAUGUCUGACUCCAUCGAUAGAUUUAAUCUCCAUUUCCUCUUUACAUAAACUACCUUGUAUUGCACAAACUAACGGUCUGUAGAAAGCACUGUGUCUGUUUUGUUACAACGAUGUAGACUGUAAGGCCUAGUCGUAUUUGAGACUUUUAUUAUUAGAUUUAUUGUGCUUGUUUGUGACUGUAUGUCGUUACGUAUUAGAUUUGGUCUGCUGGUUAUGUGUAUUUCAGGGUGCUUGGAGCUUCAUUGGGAUUGCAUUAAUCACAAUGUACGCGUUCGAGACAAAUGCAUUAUAACGGCGCACCAUUGUCAAAAGUAAUGCAUUGUUAACACUGAUUUAGGUGCAUGACCUCCUAAAAUCUUACUAAGUGGAAAAAAUGUUUAAAUUAUGUAGAAGUUUUAAUGUUUUGACUACCUAUAUGCCUCAACUACCUAUAUGCAUUAAGAAUUUUUAUUUGGCAUAGCAAUGAUUGUUGGUCCACACACCUAAGGAACUUGUGAACAUCUACAAGAAUUGAAGAAAGUAAGGGGGCAUUUUUCGAAUAAAAAUAGCACUGUACACAUUCUAGGACGAAUACCUCAUGAUCUCUUGAUCAAGCAUUUCUGUCCUCAAAUGUACUUUGUACGUUGGUUAAGAAAUAA